CGGCCUGCGGCGGCCAUGACAGCCAAGCAGGUCCCAGCGCUGGUGGCUGCGGCGCUCGGGGGAUGGCGUCCCGCCGCCCGGCCGCCACGGCCCUUCUGGGUUGUAGCAGGGUUCCACCAGUGCCCCAGCGUCACCCUCUGCUUCUCUUCGGAAAGAGAUCGCGGCGGCGCCGGGCCCCGCUCCCCGGACAGGCCCGCAGGAGCGGAGAAGCUCCCGGCGAGCCGAGAGUUAACGACAGCUGAGCGACAGAUUGUGGAACUGCACGCGGCCGCCUGCGCGGCCGGCCAGCUGAGCUACGUGGAUCCAGCCACCGGCUACCUGGUGCUGACACGGCUCGCCCACGCACAGAGGGGCCGGUGUUGUGGCUCCGCCUGCAGACAUUGUCCGUACGGUCAAGUCAAUGUUAAAGAUCCGGCUAAAAAGAAGCACUUCAAUUCCCAUUUUUACGUUUGACAAGAAUUUCAUCUCUGUUCUCCUUAAUUAAACCUUAUUUUAAAAACCAGCACCGUAACCCAGAAUCGUUCCUGUUCCGACUGUGAGCACCAGGUUAACUGUAAGUGUAGUUAUUAAAAGGGCAUCAAUAAAAUGAAAAA